GGGGGGGGCGUCCGAGCCGGACCCGACCCUCCCCCCCCCCCCCCCAGCUCCCGCUCCCGACCGUGCCCACCGGCAGUCACUGAACCAACAGUGAGGUUGGGGUGCGACAGCUGAACGUGUAUCACAAACGUAGCGGACAAGAGGGCAGUUUUAGUUUUAAAGCGGGCCCGCUAUUGGCCUGAUUUUGCAGCGUUCCCCAGCUCCUAGAGCUCCGAAUGAAGUACACGAGGGAGGAACAUGGAGAAAUCUGCAUUAGAGUUUGACUUGCCGAUUACCCUGUUGGCUCGUAUCCGCCCCGGCGCUUAGUACAGUCCCUGCCACAAGACCGAAGCUUCUUGGUGACCUCUUCUGAGGACCGAUUUGGGGAACGUAAUUGUGAAGACUCGCUGGACGUACGUUCCCGUUGUUUUCGGAGGACCCUGUGCCUGGCCCGGAGACAAGUGCCAGCUGACCGAGGUGAACCCAGCGGGGUCAACCGCCGACUUUGCAGGGUCCCAGGAGCGAAGUGAGGCUGUGCAGUCCAGAGGAGCAAGAGGUCAGACGAAAGGCCAAGCCCCAGCAGGGCUGGUCAAAGCAACAUGGCUGCUCUCUCACCAGAGAAUUGUUCCUUUCAGUCCCAGAUGAGCCAAGGGAGCCAGCCUCUAGAUGGGAGCGGUGUGCUGCUUUUGAUUAUUUUGGGAAAAACUUUCUUGAACCUCUUCGUGCUAGGAGCGCGAAGGAAGACGGUGUACCAAAGCUUUUUGGAAUACUUUUCCAUUUCGGUAGCCAUCAUCGACUUCACGCUUUUGGCGACCCUCUCCUUUAUCGCCUAUUUUGAGGAUUUUGCACUGUGGGACGUUAGAUUUACUAAAUACCAUAUGUGCCUGUUUACUCAAAUUAUAUCUUUUACCUACGGCUUGUCCCAUUAUCCGGUUUUUCUUGUAGCUGGUUUGGAUUACUAUGUGACCGUAUUGCAAACCUCCAGACCGCCCCCCGCGCGCCAAAAACUGUCUUACGCGGUAGCUGUGGUUUUGAUCUGGAUUUCGAUCUUCUUUUACACCUUGGAAGAUCCGAACACCUAUUCGAGCCUCACCGCACGGCGAGAUUUUUAUUUUUACCAGUGCCCUUUCUACGUGAGCAUUCAAAGCUACCGGUUAUCUUUCGCCGUAGUACUGGUUCUGUUUUUGGUUCUCGUCGCGUGCUGGUCUGAAGUCGUUACCCUGAUCCGGUCGACCAGGAUCGCCUCUUACAUGAACGAGACGGUCCUGUUCUUCCCGUCGGCCGCCGGCCACGCUCAGGCGGGGGUCUCGAAGAAGCAGUUCUCGACCAAGCUCACGAUCUGCUUUCUCGGAACCUGGGCCCCGUUUGUUUUCCUUCAGAUACUCAUCCUCCUACUGGAUGUCCGCAUCCCGGCGUAUAUCGAGAUGAACGUUCCCUGGUUGUACUUCAUCAACAGCUUCCUCAUUGCCGCCGUUUACUGGGUUCGACGUCCCGAGCUUCAGGUAACAGAGACCGCGUUGUUUUCCACCGAUCCUUUCGUCGGCUGGGAAUUCUGUUUCGUCCCUUUCACGGUGCCCGAGGGGCAGACUGAAAAGCCGCCGUCCAUAAUAACCUGUUAAGGUGGCUCUGUGGAAAGCCGCCUCCCCGUCCCGACCAAUCUUAGGUGGCCAAGAGCACAAAAAGCCGUCGUUUUCGAAGCACAGAUGAACCAAGGUAAAGGGACGGGAUACCUUGUAAAGCAAAAAACUAAGGCACUCGAAAUUCCGUUUGAAUUCGUUUGUUUUCCCAGGAGUUUGUUCUACUGUACGAGUAAACGGACCAAGGGAUUUUGAUAUUACUCCAUAAUCACUAUGGUGUUACGAGACGCCGGUACAGUGUCCCGAGCCCUGGAGUAGGUAGAGUAGUACAAAUCGAUCCCACAGUCUGAAGGGGGAGGGAAAGCAGGAAUUGAAUACCCGUUCUACGGAUGUGGAAACUGAAGCACAGAGAAGGUAGGUGAACUGCCCAAGGUCAUUGAGAAGGCAAGGAGUGGGGCUGUUACUAGAACCCCGGCCGCCCACGCCCCACACCUAUGAUUUUCCCACUAGGCCACACUCCUGGGGCCACGUCCUGGCUCCAUCGCUUGCCUGCUCCGUGACAUCGGGCCUGUCGCGUAUUCUCACCCUUUAAAUAGGGAUCAGAGCCCUGUCAUCCCUCCCUCUUAAACACCGAGCCCCUUGUAGGACAAGGGCUGCGUCUGAAUGAUUGUCUCUACUCCAAGUGCUGAGCCUAAAGUGAGUGCUCAAUAAAGCUCAUUAUUCUUAUUAGAAGUAUGAAGAUGAAGUUAUUUCUAGUGCCUUCAGUUGCUCCAGACUUGUAUACAAAAUGUUUUAUUAGAAAAUAAUAUCUUCCAGCCUUGGAAUGUUUUUAAGUUUCCUACUGCAGUAGGCAGCGAUAAGCAUAAUUGCUAUCUGCACGCAGUGGCAGUUAGUAUUUCUUGCCUCAGUUCUCUCCUUUAUGCUUGUUUUCCGUUACUUUACUGUCACUGGUGAAUGUCCUGCUCCAAAGGGAAAUUUUGAAGAUAAAACAGGAAGUUAAUGUAAUUAUGAAAUAAAUCAGUUCUUCUGAACAAAAGUGUUAAA